CAGCGUCAGCACUCCGGAGCCCGAUAUAAAGCCCGGCUUCUCGCCUUUCGCCCCCCCCCUUCGCUGUGAAGACACACAAUGAGCAGCAGCGCCUCAGCCGAUCGGCCCAUUUUCUCCAAGGGGGAGGACUGCAAGGCCUCGUGGCACGACGCCAACGCCGGCUACAAUGAAGCCGACACGCACCUGGAGAUUAUGGGCAAACCCGUGAUGGAGCGCUGGGAAACCCCGUACAUGCAUUCCUUGGCAACGGUGGCGGCCUCCAAAGGCGGCCGGGUUCUGGAGAUCGGAUUCGGAAUGGCCAUAGCUGCCACCAAAUUGGAGUCUUUUCCCAUUGAGGAGCACUGGAUCAUCGAGUGCAACGAUGGCGUCUUUGCCCGACUGGAGAACUGGGCCAAGUCCCAACCACACAAGGUUGUGCCCCUCAAGGGCCUCUGGGAACAAGUUGUGCCCACCCUGCCAGAUAACCACUUUGACGGUAUCCUGUAUGACACAUACCCUCUGUCUGAGGACACAUGGCACACUCACCAGUUUGACUUUAUCAAGGGUCACGCUCACCGAAUGCUAAAGCCCGGCGGCGUACUCACCUACUGCAAUCUGACCUCCUGGGGCGAGCUGCUCAAAGACAAAUACAACAAUAUUGAGACCAUGUUUCAGGAGAGCCAGGUGCCUCAUCUGCUUGAAGCCGGCUUCAAGAAGGAGAAGAUAAGCACUACCACCAUGGACAUUGUACCUCCCACUGAGUGCAAAUACUAUUCCUUCCAUAAGAUGAUCACCCCCACCAUUAUCAAGGAGUAAAGUGCAGAACACUGCUGAAACCAUAUUUUUAAACUAUCAUGUGCCUCCUCUGACCCUCUCCUUACUUACUUGUUUCCCAGCUUUCAAUAAAACCAAAUCCAUAUCCAUGGGUCACUGGAUUUUUCAAUUUAUGCUGGCAGGUCACAUAAGAAUAACAAACAAGCUUUUACACUCAGAAGCACUUGCACAGUCAACAAGAGGUGUUUAAUGUUGUGACAGUGAGAAAUGUUUUUGUGGCCUACUGGGAUGCUACAAAGUAACAACUAUAUGCAUUACUGUGAAGAUACCAGUGCAUGUUAAAUGAACACAAUAUCAACGCGUAAGAAAUUUGUCAUUGGACGGACAGAAAACGGCAGGUGGAGAAACUACGGGAGUUGGCAGCGCUCAAAUUGGAGAAACACAUGGCUUGCAUGUUAGGACAUUAGUGUAUACUCUUGUCCCUGCCUUAUUAUUGUAACCUGUACUGGUGGAAUAACAUGUACAUUGUUGUAUGGAAAAUAUUUAGUCAUAACAGAGACUGGCUGUUUAUACAGAUCUGCAAACAUUAAGAGCCCCCCCCACCC